GGUGGUCACAUUUGACUCUUGUUGAGGUCGCGAUCAGUGCACUGCGCAAUGUGCUGGUAGCUCUCGAGUCUCAACUUCUCGCAGCUCGCUGCUACCUACAAUAGGUAAGAUCUUAUAUGACGGCAUUAUGACAACUCACUCGGACUGCUUCAAGUUCAAGUGCUUGUCACAACACAACGUUUUACGUAGAUUUGCGCUUUGUUGCGUCACAUCAAGGAAAGGGUUGCAGACAACCAAGCAUUGAAUUUGUCAAGACCUGGGUUUUGGGCGCUAACGGCUUGAGCAUUAGAAGACCAGAUGUUCGGAUUAAGGUCAAGGUUCUUAUAUGAGCUGCCAGUUCUGCUUCCCUGAAGCAUGUACAACCUUGUUCACAACCGACAUUUGUCUGCGGCAGACCGGCGCAGAUAUGGUCAAGGCUCCUUCUAGUCCGCGUUUCGUAAUCUAGUCUCUUGCAAUUCCUCUGCCGCUCGAUGUGACAGGCAAAUUUUACAGAAAAGGCUUCAGCUUUGGAAACGACUCUAGCGGCCAGAGUAGGUCAUGCUACUUUUCGAAGGUGAAGCCCCUUCCUUUAGAAAUAGAGAGGACAAUCAAUCCGAGCAAGAAAGAGACUCGAUGUACAAACAAGGGCUGCGGAUUGAGAGACGACUAUCGUUGGAAGGCUCGUUUCUCAGGCAGUUGUCGCUCGCUUUAGAAUGGAUCCUCCGAACCACCGCGCAAGCUGCAGACAGCCAGCAUUCAACCGCUGGAAAUGCCUAAACCCACUCCUCUUCUGCUGGUUGUUCUUGGCAGCUUACCUUUAUCUUUUCCAUGGGGCCCUUUACCGGAUGACCUGGAUUGAGGUGCCUGGCACCCUGGAGCACUCGGUCAUCGAGCACCAGAAUCGAAAUGAAACCGCCCCAGUUAUGCUGAACCCAGCGAAACAGGCAAAUGAUGACAUACAAUUACACGCCUGGAAGAAUGACGGAAAGAGCGCCGACAUGGAAGCGGAAGAACUGGUGGAUGAUGAGACAAACCUGCUUCCUCUGGAGGCCUUGCACGACCAAUUCCUUGCGGGCCGUGCGACGGUUUUCCUCCUGCGGAUCCAGAAAACGGCCAGCAGCACUCUCGACGUCAUGUUCUCAACGGAUGAGAGCAUGGCGGAGUGCCAGCCCAACAUGCGCGCACUCCAGAGACUGGAAGGAGAAACUUGCAACCGGCUCUUUAGUCUCCUGCUCUACGCAGAGUACGACCCGAAAAACUGCCCGGGGAUCGCGGCUUGGGAUGACCCAGCCUGGAAGAACAUAGAUUGCAUACCUUGGGUUUGGUCAUAUAGCUACGAGGCGAAGUACCACGGCCUGCCAAAGCCGAUACGCGCCCGCCUCCAACGCACUUUCCAGCGCGCGCGUCUCGUCAGCGGCCACUUCUCGUACGGCAUCCACUCGAUCGGCCACCGGGGCUCCUUCGCUUACGUCACCACGCUUCGGCAUCCGGUGUCCCGUAUCGUCAGCUGGUGGAACUGGAACAUCCAGAACGGGAAGCUUUCGCCGGUCAUCCCGCCAGCUGGCGAUGCGACGUUUGACGACUUCAUUUGGGAUGACGAGUUUCAGUUCGGCGGUUUCCAGAAGAGUAACCACAUGACACGGGUCUUAUGCAACCAAGGCGCAGGGCUUCGAGAAAGUGACCGCGCCUCUGAGGAGUGGCUCGAAGAAGACACACCGAGCGCGCUGCUCACCGGGAUGACGCGCGAGCAUUACGAGUGCGCGCUGCAACACCUGCGCAGCUUCGCGCUGGUGUUCGUAGCGGACAAUAUGUCGGACGUCAGACCUUUGGCACCCAUAGUCUCUCGCUUGUUUAACAUGAAAGAAACGGUGGCUCCUCUAGAAGACACCUUAAUUAACCCGACCACUUUGGACGACUCUAGCGCGGGGCUGGCUGUGCAUUCACAUAAUUUAUCGAAAGCCACGGCGGCAAAGCUCGCAGAACUGAACAGAUGGGACGCUUUGCUAUACGAGGAGGCGUGCAAGCUACACGAGAUCUCGAUUGCGAGGUUAAAAAAGUGGGGCGAGCAAGCGUAAGGGUAGAAUAGAGGUUAGAUAGAUUAUCAAUCUCAUUGUAAGUUGGCACAGUUGCGGAACGCUUAGGAGCUAAUUAGGGGCUUGCUAGCUGUACAUUCGCGGCUUAAUGCGCCAGAUUCGUAGAACACAUGUACGCACCUAAUCCUUAAAUCAGGCAACUAAUGUAGGCGACAAUUGAGUCGGUCAUGUAUCGUAUGAAAGUCACGCAAUCGACAUCACGAUUGGCUGGGAACCAGAAGCUUGGAGGGAUGUUAAGAUCGAUUAGCAAAGCUCGCAUUUGAGGAGUCGAAGAUGAUGUGUCGGGAAGGGAAGGGGGGCUGGUAUGCGAAAGUCGUAGAGAGGGGCCUCGAGCUAGUUAGCCGGCCGGAGCUAGAACGAGCUGACGCCUUUGCAAAUCGUAGUCUCCUAGAGAGAGCCCAACUGGCCUACAUGGUAGACCUUCGUGAGCAAGGGGGUUCGAAGUAUGUCACCUACUUUGAGAAAGUAAAAAGGGGAUACCAUUGGGAACAGUACCUUGAUUUGCUUCAAGAUGCACCACCCCUUUUGCUCGAAUUGGCCAGAUUCCGGACAGGGGCGCAUAAACUUGCUGUCGAAACGGGUCGCUGGCAUGGAGUAUACAAGAAGAUAGAUUGUGCCAAGUCUGUAAGUGCAAUCAAGUUGAGGACGAGGCUCACUUUUUGUUUCAUUGUGAGGCAUAUCGAGAUUUAAGGCUCCAAUAUAGACACCUUUUUCAAGCUAAUGCUAGCCAGAACUUAGGAGACUUUCUCAAUUUCAGAGAACAACUCUCCGUUGCUAAGUACAUUCAUUUGAGCCCGAAGAGGAGGACAACAAUAAUAGGCUAGCUUUGAUAGGAUAGUCCACUAGGCCAGUCGUGGCCCCGAACGGACUGUAAACAAACAAUCAUUUAAUGGAGGAGCCUGGCCGGUUGAUGCAUUGAACAAAUUGCGCGACGGAUAACAAAUGGCG